CUGCUGCUUCCCAGCACAGCGCCUCUAGUGGACGAGUGUUUUUCUCCUUGCGGUUGUUCGUUUUGAGGGAUUGCUGUUUUCAAUUUUUUUUUAACCCACGACAGGCAAAAAUAUAUUCUGCGUUGUUGUUUGGUUUCUUCAGUUAUUUUUUGCUGUUUUCCUGAGAUGGCGAUGCAGACCAAGGCGACUCCCCCGCAGAUUCCUGAUACCCGAAGAGAGCUGGCGGAGCUCGUCAAAAGGAAACAGGAGCUGGCGGAAACAUUGGCAAAUUUGGAAAGGCAAAUCUAUGCUUUUGAAGGAAGUUACCUAGAGGACACUCAGAUGUAUGGUAACAUCAUUAGGGGCUGGGAUCGUUACCUGACAAAUCAAAAAAACUCAAACAGCAAAAAUGACCGAAGGAAUAGGAAAUUUAAAGAAGCAGAACGGCUGUUCAGCAAAUCUUCUGUUACAUCAGUUGCAGCUGUCAGCGCUUUAGGAGGAAUACAAGAUCAGCUAAUUGAAAAGCGUGAACCAGGAAGUGGAACAGAAAGUGACAACUCCCCUGACUUUCAAAACCAGGAAAAUGAGCCUAGUCAGGAGGAGACGGAGGAUUUAGAUGGAACUCUGCAAGGAAUGAAACCACAAAAAGUUGCUACCUCCUCUUCAGGAAGCCACCAUAGCAGCCAUAAGAAAAGGAAGAACAAAAACAGACAUAGCCCGUCUGGCAUGUUUGAUUAUGACUUUGAGGAUGUUGGAGAGAUGGAUCAACCACACUGGAUGGCAGUCUGCUGUAACCCAUUCGGCAAAGCCAAACAUUCCUCAAAGAAGAAGAAUCUCCGAUCUGUUUCUCAAUGGAUGUGCAGUAAGCUACCUUCGCUUACUCUAGGAGCCAAGAUCUGCGAUGAUUGCCGUAAAAAAGUUUCCCAGAUAUCGGUACCAAGAACUGAGCCAGGUACUUCAUCUGAAUCAAGCCAAGGAAAUCCUGGCACAAGCAGUCAACCAAACCUGGUUGAGGGUGAGGUCUUCAGUGAUAAGAACGAGAAAGUGAAGGAUUGACUUAAAGAUGAACAAGAAACCAAGAGCUGAUUAUUAAAUUACACAACCCAGUGGAAUAUUAUUGGAGUGAACCUAAAAGGUUACCUGUAUUCUGUUGAAAGAUUAAAAAUAUUCUGUGUCAGAAGUGGAAGAAGAAAAACCGUUCUUUUUGACAACAGUUAUUUUUGCUUUAUUUGGCACCUUGAAUAUAGACAGAGUUGAAUAGCACUCCUCACCCAGCUAUUUUCCAGAAGUAGUAGUAUUACAUAUGCACCAUCACUGUGUUAUUUCAUUUAACCGAAGAAUCCCACAGCGACCUUUCAAUACACAGGGUUUUUUUCUUUUGUGGUCCAGUGGUGUUCCAUUAAGAAGUAUAGUUAAUGGAGAAUCUGGUGUGUAUUGUUGUUAAUAAUAACUCUGUCAUGUUAUCUUUCAGUGUUUUGUUAGUGUAGAUAUUUGGUAUCAUGGGAGUAUAACAUACCUUGUUAAUGUAUCUGACUUUUUUGUUUUGUACAUUUUUUUAUCUCUGUUUACCAUUUGUACAGA